CGAACCCCAAAUUCCUGUGCCAUAACACCAUUAUCAUUACACUCACUAUGGCUACUACCUCAAUUUUGUUAUUACCAGUGAUUAACGCGAUCUAGUUUAUAUUAUAGGUAAAAUUGUUGUUGUUGAGCAAUCGGAAAACAGUGGAUCAGUGCCUAAGGCGAAAUAUUGAGUAGUGUUUCGUGAAGUGACUCAAAAUUUUCUGGUAAUCGAGGUAAUUCUGUUUUACUCUUGAAACUGUCCAGUAAUUGGAGGUAUUGACGAGUACUUCGGUGGUGAGGGUGACGAUGAGGGUUGUUUGGUGCUGGGUGAUGGGAUCUCGUCCUUUGGAAGAAGAUUUUCAUUUGGAAUAAUGCAAAGGAAUUACAACGAUUUUUAACGAUAAUGGAAUUAAAAGUUUGGGUUGAAGGCAUUCAACGCAUUGUCUGCGGGGUGACUGAAAGCACCACUUGUCAGGAUGUGGUUUAUGCACUGGCCCACGCCACUGCUCAAUCAGGGAGGUUCACACUCGUUGAACGAUGGAGAAAUAACGAGAGAUUCUUGGCUCCUUAUGAAAAUCCUUUGACGAUUUUAAUGAAAUGGGGUGAAUACUCCGCCGACGUUCAACUGAUACUUCGAAGAUCGAGUGCAGACGGAACGAAAAACCAAAAUCAAAGCUCAACGAAUAGUCGUUCAAGCUAUGGCACUCGAAGUAAUGGAACACAGGGAAAUUCAUUAGAUCCCCUAGUUAUCAGCAGAAGCCACGAUAAUGGAAGGAACAAUACCACGAAUUCCACGUCGGAAUGCAAUGAUUCACCGGAAGUACUUAAGAGGAAUCGUGACAUUAGGAAGUCCCUCACUUUUAGCGGUAUACAUGGAACAUCCCCAGAAGGGAAUAUUGAGAUACAAAUGGAAAAUAUUGCUGUUGUCCAACCCACUUUGCAAUCGAAGAAUAAGGAUGGACUGAUACGGAGAAAUGUGCAGACAAGCACAGAUUCUCCAACAAGAGGAUCAGUUGGCGAAGGUCUAUUUACUGUACAACAAAAGAAAGCCCGGGAAAUUCCGCCAUAUAGAGAACCUCCUGGCCCCGAAAAUUCUCCUCAUCGGACUCUCCCCCCGUACCGUGACCCACCACCGCCAAUUGUAACAAGCCCAAUACGAUGUCAUGCCUCUGAGACAAUUCCCGUAAGUUACUCCCACCUGAAUGGUGAUGAGCCGUCAUCACCGAAUCAUCCAAAAUCAAAGCGCAAUCUCAAUCAAGAGGUGCAGGACUCCAGAAAUCUCAUGCAAAAUAAAAGUCAGAAUAGCCAAUCACCGAACAUGGUUACUGUAGCAUACACUCAACGCUACGCCGAACUCAUAAGACUAGUCAAUAGGCAGCGUGAUACGAUAAACGCGCAACAAGUUGAUCUCACAAAGUUUGAUGCUGAAAUUUUAUACUGGGAGAAUAAAAAUCGAGAGCAUUGCAAUCAAGUUGAUUAUAUUUCACAGGAAAUUAAUAGAAUCGAAUCAACUGGGCGGAUAAUCGACGAACAGAUAAAUGAGUUGGUCCAUACCGAAGAAGAAGGCGAGUUAGUCCGCCAGCAAGAGAAAACUUUAAAAUCCGAAAUAACUCUGUUACGUUCAAAGCUAGCAAAUUGUGAGACAGAAUUACUCCAAUGCAAAAACAAAAUUCGUCUAGUAAUGGAAGAAUUAGCUCUAGAACAACACAGUAUGAAUCGCGAAUCUGACGAACGUAUGGUGAUGGAGAGGAAAGUCGUCAAUGAAAUGGAACGGCUGCAGAAUGAUGUGGAACAAGCUAAACGUUUAGCUGAGCAUACUAAUCAAGCAGCUGAGGUUCUCAAACAGGAAGUUUCUAAACUCGAGGUUGCGAUUGUUGAGAAAAAAAUGCAAGUAGAGAGAUUGGUUGCCGAUAUGAAGGAAGCAAAUCUGCAGAGUUUAACUGUUGCCUGUCAAGACGAACAGAUCAAGCACUUAUUAGAAGGAGCCCAAAAGCCAGGAAGUACACGCAAGAUGAUUGGUUCACCUAGACAACUGGAAACAGCCGUACCCACUAGUAAGAAUCCACACGGCGUUUGGGUGUAAAUAAUCUGAGUUUUAUUGCACUCUAUACAACUACGUAAAAUAAAACAUAAAGCUGAUCAAAUUUCAGAUUCUUUGGAAGGUGUAUAAUGUUUUAAUGAUUUAUUUAACUUGAAUAAAAAGUAAUAUUGUA